AUGAAGCUAAUCUUGCUGAGCCUUCUGAGCAUCUUCGGCUUCGCUCUGGCCGGUCCACUCGCCGAACAUCAACACCAGAAUCGUGGUCUUCACAGCCAUCACCAUGUGAAGGUCCAACGUUACGGCACACCAAACUGCGAAAAGGGUUCCAAAAUUAGCAAACUCAAGGAGAUCGAAGCUGACGACUGCGUUACCUUCAAAGGUAAUGAGCCUGGUUUCCUCAGCCUCGAGGCUGAGAUCUCGUACAAUUUGAAGGGAAAGCUUGGCGAGAAGGAGGAGUGUCGCCUGUACGCUUACUCCGAGGAGGAUUGCACCGGCAAGGAACAGGCAAUGGAUGAUAUCUCGCAAUCAGAAGGGCAAUGCCAGUCCCAAGACAAACUCUUCGGCCGCUCCAUCUGGCUUAAGUGCAUGAAGGUCGAAGACCUAGAAGUCGCCCACGACUUCGACGAAGACACGCCCGGCACCGGCGGUAUCCCCAACGCCUCCAGCACUGAAUCCGACGCUGCAACCCCCACCCCAUACGCUCCACCUCCUUACACCGAGCCCCACAGGGUCACCAUGACUGAAACUCCCGCUCCCCGUCCCACUGUCAUGAAGACCGUCUAUGUCCAACCCAGCGCUCCUAACACCACCACUUCGUCUACCUCUUCCUCUUCUACCUCUUCCGAGCCGAAGAUUCUGACCUUCAGCUCUGCUAUGACAAUGGUCCAGCUUACGGUUUCCAAUACUGCUCUGCCACCGGGAAGUACCCCAAACGCCGCUAUCCCGCAGUACAUGACUGUGACGACCAUGAUGGCCCUCGAGGCCUACCGGGACUUGCAGGCGAAGGCGACUUCUCGUGCUGCUGCUUGA